AUGGACAAAAGUAAUUCUGUACAUAAUCCUAUUAUUUCUGGCUUUAAGCUUGUGAAGGAUGAAGGUGAAGUUAAGGUGGACAAGACCUACUAUAAACAGAUUGUGGGUAGUCUCAUGUAUCUGACAGCUACUCGACCUGACAUGAUAUUUGUGGUGAGUCUUAUCACUAGAUAUAUGGAGAAUCCUACUGAGCUUCAUUUACAGGCAGCAAAAAGGGUGCUGAGAUAUUUGAAAGGUACAACUGGGUUUGGAAUUUUCUAUAAGAAGGGAGGAGAUAAUGAACUUGUGGCAUACACUAAUAGUAAUUAUACUGGAGAUUCGGAGGACAGAAAGAGUGCUUCAGGCUAUGUGUUUUUGCAGAGUUCAGGAGCAGCAUCCUGGUCAUCAAGAAAACAACCAGUAGUAAGUCUAUCUACCACAAAGGUAGAGUUUAUUGUUGCAGCUUCAUGUGCAUGCCAAGCAGUAUGGUUGAAAAGGAUGUUGGGAAAGCUAGGCCAGAAUCAAGGCAAGUCAACUAUUAUUCGUUGUGAUAGUAGUUCUGCAAUCAAACUCUUAAUGAACCUAGUAAUGCAUGGUCGUAGUAAGCACAUAGAUGUAUGUUUCCAUUUUCUUCGAGAGCUCACAAAGGUUGGUAUAGUGGAGCUGGUGCAUUGUGGGACACAAGAACAGUUGGCUGAUGUGAUGACUAAACCACUAAAGCUGGAUGUUUUCUUGAACCUGCGAGGGCUAUUAGGAGUUUGUUCUGAGAUGGAUAUAAACUGA